AUGGCGGCUUCUUUAAACUUGCCGUGUCCCUUACUGAAGUCAACGGGAGACGAUAAACGCGAUAUUGAAGUGUAUGUAGAGGAUUUAGCCGAUUAUUGUGUAAUGAACAACUGGUAUGACCCGUCAAAAUCAACAGAGGAUGCAAAAUGGAUUAAACCUGAUAAAGCGAUGGCUUGCUUGAGAGCAUCUUUAACGAAGUCGGCAAGAACAGUUUUAAAAUAUAGUCUGGGUUUAACCGAGGAAAAUCAAACAAAACCACAUUGUGUUAUUCAGGCUUUGAAAGAAUAUUAUGGGGCUAGUAUUGGCGUGUCGGGAGAGAGACAAAAGUUCCUUCGACUAAUUCAACAAGACGAUGAAGCCAUUGGAGCAUAG